CCAGCGACUCCAAUCCAGUGUAUAUUUUCCAGCGCUAGACAAGUUGAUUUUUCGUCUGUUCGUGCAUCAUCUUAAUUUUGUUAUAAUUUUUGCAAUAGUAAUAUUUUCCAGUUUCAAGUAUAGCAAAAUAUACGGGAAACGCACCGCGGAAAAUCGAGUUUAAGUGCGGGAGCCCUUGUUUCCGGUCUAGUUGCAGGAAAAUUUUCAUUUCGGUCGGUCGGUCGGUCAGUCGUCGACAGCCACAUUUGGAAAGUUCUACGGCGGCGGAGUCCGUGUGUAUUCUACCCGGGGCGUAGCGACCUGACUGAUAGGCUACAGUCGGUCGGUCGGAGCGAGAGAAAAUCGAGAGAAGGAGCGAAAAUAAUACUUACGCUGCGUUUUUUUUCCGGAUCCCGAAAAUCAAGUGUUCGGUAACGUGACGCGUGCGGUCGGAUUAGAUUUUCCAUCCUGGGAGAAAAAACCAGGAAAAAGUCGGAUUUUUUAGUUUUCCCUCAGUGACUGGAUUUUAAGUUCCUCGCGUCUUCGUCCAUCAUCUACUACUCCUACUACUACUACUACUACAACAACAACUACUACUACUACUACUAGUCUUCGUAUGUGACUUAGUUCGUUAUAGUCCGGGAGUGGCCAUUUGUGGCACGGUGCAGAAGAAAAAAGUUACAACACAGAAAACCUAUUCCACCUUUUUCUCUAACCAAAAUAAAGUAAGGAAAAAUUAAUUACCGGAGGUGCUUCUAAACACGGAGACGGGGACAAGUGCGCGGAUCGUCAAACGGUCCAAGUCUCGCCUAAGGGAGGAGAAAAAAAUUAGCGAUAACACCAACUAAAUCAUAACGAAACAAUAGGAGGAAAGACCCCCCCCAGAAGAUAACCCAACGCGAAGCAGUUCCUCCCUUCACAUACAUACACACACAUACCCCCCAACUCCAACCCUGUCAAAGCGAAAGGCGAACAGCAAGCUGUGCGGGAAAAUCGGCAAAUUUUAGAGGAAAAACGGGAUCAUAGGUGAUAAGAAAAUUUUACAUCUUGUAAUCUUUUGGAUGCACUUUCAUGAUAUAAUAAGAUACUAGGGAAGAAAAUAAAACGUAAAACGAGGAAACAUUUUUGAUAUUCGGAUUUGGAUCUCUUUCCUUGGCAACAACGCGAGAUAUAUACAAGAGAAAUAAGAAAUUCAUGGAAAAAACAAUAUACAAUAUUUAUAGCAAAAAAACCGAGAUAAAAAGGAUCAAUUGCUUCCUAUUUACAAUAUAAAAAAAAACCAAACUUAGAAAAUAAAUUAGCAAAACACAACAACAAAAACAACAGCAAGACGUGGACAGAACCCUAGUCCACAUCCGGUCACGAACCCCUAGACGAAUAUCGUCGCAGACAGAAACCCCAUUUUCCGAGCAGGAUCCGCAAAAAACUUCGCUGAACUGCUUGUACUACUCGGUACUAGCUACGCUCCCCCUCAUCCACCCCUGUUGUCAGCCGAGUCGAUCAAGUCGAAAGAGGAACGUCUGUACCUACCUACUGAGCAGAAGUAGCAGCAGCAACAGCACAUCCCGUGAGAGUGAAUCACAAGAGUCAGAAUAACGACAAUCAACACUUAGCAAAGCAGCAACCAAACAAUAAACAAACAAAAACAGAACAAAACAAAAGGAGUGAAAUUUAAAAGCAUUUUCGUCACCUCAAAAAAUACCCCACGCAAACUUGCUACAGAUCCCGCCCCAUCUACGAAGAGGUGUCCAGCUGAUUGAAGCUUCUCUAUUGGUCGCUACAAGCAGCAGCAGAAGGUUCGGAACGAACCCGAUCGUGAGCAUUUUCCAGUGAAAUCAGCCGAGCGCAACAGAAUUCUUCUAUACCUUAGACAACCUGUUCCAGAUCAAAUCUUACUCUUAACUAGCUAGAUUACGGCGAGUGCAUAGCACACGUACACAAACACAGAAACACUUUAAAAAGUUGAUAGUGAUUUAUAUCGUUGUUAACCCGAUCCAUCCAGAAACAAAAAGCAGCAGAGGCUAGUGUAAAAUGAUGGCGAACGGUUUGGAGACAGUACAGCAAAAUGGUCGCUCCGGUUCGAUCGGCAGCGGCCAGGAAGACAGCAAGACCAACCUGAUCGUCAACUAUCUGCCACAGACGAUGACCCAGGAGGAGGUCAAGUCACUGUUCUCCAGCAUCGGCGACGUCGAGAGCUGCAAGCUCAUUAGGGACAAAGUUACCGGACAAAGUCUCGGUUACGGCUUCGUCAACUAUCACCGUCCGGAGGACGCGGAAAAAGCAAUAAACACAUUCAACGGGCUGCGGCUGCAGAACAAAACGAUCAAGGUGUCGUUCGCCCGGCCCAGCUCCGACGCCAUCAAGGGCGCCAAUCUGUACGUGUCCGGGCUGUCGAAGAGUAUGACCCAGCAGGAUCUGGAGGCACUGUUCCAGCCCUACGGACAGAUCAUCACGUCGCGCAUCCUGUGCGAUAACAUCACCGGCCUAUCGAAGGGGGUCGGCUUCAUCCGGUUCGAUCAGCGCUCGGAGGCGGAACGGGCCAUCCAGCAGCUGAACGGGACCACACCGAAGGGGGCCUCCGAACCGAUCACGGUCAAGUUCGCCAACAAUCCGAGCAAUAACAUCAACAAGGCGAUUCCACCGCUGGCCGCGUAUCUGACGCCGACGCCGAACCUGCGACGAUUCCCACCGGGGCCGAUCCAUCCGCUGGGUGGACGCUUUAGCCUUCCCUCUACUUUCAGUCGCUACUCGCCGCUAACCGGUGAUCUGGGCACCUCUGUUCUCUCGGCCAACGCCAUCAACGGUUCCGGCUGGUGCAUCUUCGUGUACAACCUGGCCCCGGAAACGGAGGAGAACGUCCUGUGGCAGCUGUUCGGUCCGUUCGGUGCCGUCCAGAGCGUCAAGGUGAUCAAGGACCUGCAGACGAACAAGUGCAAGGGUUUCGGCUUCGUCACGAUGACCAACUACGACGAGGCCGUCGUUGCCGUACAGUCGCUCAACGGUUACACGCUCGGAAACCGCGUGCUGCAGGUCAGCUUCAAGACGAACAACACCAAGUCGAAAACUAAUUAAAAAUGGGAAAAAUUUUAAGUUUCCAAUUGUUCCCUCUAAUGGAAGAACAGCCCACGUGAACACACCAACCACACACACACACAUUCACGCGAAACAAACAAAACAGAAGGUUGAAAAAAAAACACUCGUUGUCAAGUCGACCACGUCCUACAUCCAUCUUUCUUCUUUUACCCUUCCCGUUCCUUACCGUCGAACGAGACGACAGACGAGACCUGCAGUGUUCUGUGUUUGUUUUCUGACUUUUAACCUUCACCUUGGUUAGUGCCCGAUCCGACCGAACAAAAAGAGGAAAUAUCAUUCCACAACUCAACGAACGAAAGCAAAACAAAAAAAACGUUCAGCAGAUAGACAGAUAUGAGAGAGAGACAGACGUAAUAUCAAGUGAAUCAAUGAGAUAUUAUAAUAAAAAUUUAUUAAAGAAAUUAUACGAAGACGAAGUGAAACAACAGAAAGGUGCAAUAAUAUUUCAAAAAUAUUGUAUAUAGAAGAAAAAAAACCAUUUGAUAUUUCCUAAACUAGCAAAAAAACAAAAUCAGCAUCUCUUUAGCGCGAAAGUCGACAUUACUGGUGAAGCAGCAUAAGAUAGCAGAAUCAUUUAACGCAAGGAAAAAGGCUCUUAAGACAAAUUAAUUGUUAUUAGUUUCCGCUGGGAGAACGGCGCACGUACGUGCGCACAUGAACUGACCGGCUGUUUUGUCGGUAGCGCCAAGCACCGUAGGUUCGGGUCCCUGCUUUAAACAAAACGAAACAGAAGAAGAAAAAAAGUACUAGCGAAUUUUACCGAACGCUCAAUGUUUAACUAACACACACACACACAGCCACAGAACUUAAAACCCUUAAUAAAAGAGAAAAAAACGAAUAUAAAUGUGCAAUAUUGUAUUAGAAUGGUACUCUAUAAUAAAUAAAUAUUAGCCAAAUUGAAUCGGGAAACAAGUUGGGGACCCUAUCCGACCGAUUUUGGUGGUUGAGCGGUGCUUUCGGUGGAGUGGCGGCUACACCGACGACCGACCACAGUCAUCGCAGCAAGCCGUGUGACGUCGUUUUCGCCCCCCUCCCCAGCGAAGACUGAAUGAUCUCGUAAACUAAAAUUGAAACUAAUCUAAAUAAUAAAACCUAUUUAUUUAUAUACUAAUUUAUUCUUGAAUGUUUCAAUAAAUGGCAUCAAACCAGCAGCAGCAGUAGCAGAAGAAGAAAAUAACAAAAAAUCAUAAACAACGCGUAACUUGUAAGGAAAGGAAGAAAGAAAGGGAAGUGUAAUAAGUUCGUUUUUGAGUCAAUCUUAUAAUUAGAAAACGUAUAUUUAUUAACGGUAAUUUAUUUAAUCGAUAUAUGAAAACAUAACUCAAAACGGUAAAAUAACGCUGUAAUUAUCGAUGGAUUUUUGAAUUUUACACUCACAAACCUAACCGCAAGCAUUCUUUAUUAGUAUAUUUAUCUUAUUAAUCAUCACGCAAGCCGCAAAUAAUCUCACUUUUUUAAAACUGUGUAAUUUAUAAUCGAUCGCUCCUAUCGCUGUCAGUCCGAAACCCCCAAACUUAUACUCCUUCUCUCUCUAUGUAGUUUUAGAACAAGACAACAACCAAAAAAAAAAAGAAUAACGGAUCCUAGUCAAUUUGAUUUCCUUUUGUGUUUGACGUUUGUUUUCCGUUUUUGUUUUUUGGGAAUGAUUUGACGAAUUCUAGUGAAGACAAAACCAAGAAAAAAAACCUAAACAAUGAUAAGGCAAAUGUACCGUACUGCUAUUUAUUUAGUGUUAUGUUUUAGAAGUUAAGCAAAUUUUUUACGUACGGCUCGUACUCGUUUCAAGCAUGAAUUUGAGCUAAAUUUGACGUCUACAAAAAUAUGUAAAAGAACUAAAAAAAUGUUGGUAGUGAAAUUUUACUUCAGUGGGUUUUUUCUCUCUUCUUCAUAUAUCAGUGUUUAUAUUCGUGAUUAUUUUAUAUGAACAAAAAAGCUAAAUUCUAAUUAAUGGAGCUAAGUUUAAGAAAAACUAAACAACCAAUCUCAUUGCGCUUAGAAUCCUAAAACCCUUAAGCUUAGACCGGGAAGCUCUGACCCAAAUCGAAGAGGCAGACAGGAAAGGAACGCACAUUCUUUUGCAUCCGGUGCAAGUUGUUUACAAUUCCUAUAACUUUGGGUUCUCGUUUCCAGCUUGAAACGCAAACAACAAAAAAAACCUAAAUCAAUUCAUCAAACAAAGUAUUAGCAAACCAAGGCAAACUAAAUUAAAUGUGGAGCGGGAACGGAAGAACAAUGAUUUUACUCGUAAACUUAAACAAAAAACAAAUAUUUUCCUCCAUUUUAGUCAAAAUUUUAUUGAUUAGAUAUAUAUUCAUAUAAUUAGCCGAGCAGCAAGCGUAUAUGUGUUAAGAAAAGUAACUCUUAUCGGUGAAUUUAUGUCAUUACUCAUCAUUGCGUAACAAAAAAGUAGUAGAGGAGAUUCACAAACACACACUCAACAGACAUACCACACCCACACACAAACAAUCGUUUGACUGGAAGCUUUGCUGUUUGUUGACAUGAUCAGACACAGUGCGGAGCGGGACACGGAAAACAAUCAAUACACUCUCUGACACAUACACACUAAUGUACAAUAAAGGCAUUAGCGCGAAGGUCGCGUACGUUUUCUUGCUUGCUUCUAUCGGAUCAGUUUAGGCCAUUCGAUUGCCACCCAACAACAACUCAAAUAAAAAUGUAAUAAUUCAACACGCAGAGUAAAAACUACGCGCAAAUGGGGUAACGUUUAGUGUAAGUGUAUUUAUUGAAUGAUUUGACCUUUCUUUUCUAUCUUAACUUACGCACACACAUACAUACAUGCGAGUGAAGAUGGUUGCCCAUCACACGGAAUCAUGCGGAGACAAAGACACACACACCAACACCCACUCAGAACCACGGAAACAAAAGCAAGCAACACAACACAAGGUGAGCAAACUUGUCAUUAGUAUUGAUAUUGAAUUUUAUGUACUCAAAAAAAGACAAGAAAAGUAAAGGAAAUUAAAGAAAAUUAUAAAAUACAUGUUAUAUUUGCAUAUUAUUAUAAACGAAACUAUUCUAUUAUCAUUCAUAAUGAAAAAGAACCCAAACACUCACACACGGAAGCAAAAAGACAGGAGAGCGAGAAGAACCAGUAGAGAAUCUACUAUUCCAAUUUUACAACUCAUUUCUCAAUGGUAGCCAGUAUUUUUUCCCUAAACUGGUAGCAGUAAAGCAGAAAAAACACUAUCCAUUUACAGGAAAUAUGCAAUUUGUACCCCUCUCUUCUCCCGCGCGAGAGCAAAACAAGAAAAGCAAACUGUUAUUUUACUAGAACUAGGUCAUAACAAGAAAACGGCAAAAGCAAAUAAUCCCGAUCAGCAAGAGAAAGUAGGUCGCAAAAAACCAUGAGACUGGAUGUAAAAGUUUUUAAAACUCACGUGUAAGAAAACCGAAUCCGAAUUCAGUGAAAUUCGAACAGCCCAUACAUGCUAAUAAUAAAAAAAAAACCGAACAACCAAUACGUAAAGAUUUCCAACAGUCACAGAACGGCGCGUACCGCGAAACCGACCGUGAAGAAACCAACCCGCGCGAACCGAAACGUCAACGAAUACAACGAGCAAAACAACAUUAUAGGCAGCGGAAGGUAACGGAAGCGUCCAUUUGCUGAAAAUGUGGGGGCACAACACAACACAAUCGGGAGAGAGCAAGAGAGCAACACCAACAAAAAAAAAGAUGACAUUACCGAUUUCUAGCGUCUAGCGUCUAUGUUGAAGAAAAAAAAGCAGUCCCAAAUUCCGAUUCGGUUGUCCCGAACAAAA